UCUGCUGUCCUCCGCCCUCCUCCCACGGCAACACACUGUCUCACACCCUGCACACGGCCACACUCUCUAUGGGACGAUUGAACAUGAGUCUCUUUGAUGCAGGCACUAGGAAAUUUUAAGCUGAUUUUGCAUGUCUGUGAAGUGUCUUCUGUGUAGUUUGUCCUUCUGACAGCUUAUGGUGAUGUGUGGAACCUGUCAAACGGAGAUGAAAGUGUUAUGUUAGGACUUGACUGACUGCUGUGGGGCCAGUUGUGUUGGGAAAGCGUUCCACGCUGUAGUUCCCACAAUAAAAGUUAGCGCACAGUACCGGCCACAAGAAGUGUAAGUUAUGUACAGAAAAGUACGAAGAAAGUCCUCAGGAACAACUGUGGGAGUUCACCAAUAUUCUAUACAGUGAAGGUGGUAGGGUGCGAGGCAUGAUGUGCCGGCUGCGGGCGGUGGUGUGGGCACUGGUGGGCCUUACGUUGUUCACCUGCAUCGCCUCAGUCAGAUGGUUCAUACUGUCAGCCACCCUGGCCGACAAGAUGCCACUCUCCUCCAAUAUUCCAGCUUCUGAAGAAACACUCUCCCUCUCUCACGUGACACUUGAAAUGAAGCAUCGGAAAAAGGCAGUAGAGAGGGCAUGUUCAGUAGAUGUUUGGCCAAACACUUUUGACAAUGGUUUGCCCAGUGUCGGAGAUCCUAUCACGGAGGAACUAGUUACUAAUCCAAAAAUGCUCAAUAAUCUUAUUGUUGAUGAUAAGAAUCAUAUCUUAUACUGCUAUGUGCCUAAGGUGGCCUGUACGAACUGGAAGCGGAUAAUGUUGAUGUUGAUGGGUGGAACAAACCUAACAGAACCACAUUCCAUUCCUUCUGACAGUGUUCACCGCAAGAAUGUUUUUACGAAACUUGGAGACUUGGAGCCCCAGGAUAUUCGUUAUCGUCUUCAUACAUACACCAAAUUCAUCUUUGUCCGGCACCCAAUUGAAAGAGUCCUUUCAGCAUUCAGGAACAAAUUUGAAAAAAAUUAUACUUCAUCUGCAUAUUUUAAAAAGCGUUUUGGUGUCAAGAUUAUCAAGAAAUAUCGUAAAGGUAUUGAUCCAGCUGAUAUACCAGCAAGUGGUCAUGGUGUCAAGUUCUCAGAGUUUGUCUCAUAUCUAAUAGAUACCAAAACUGAUCAACUUAAUGAACAUUGGGCACCUGUAUCAACUAUGUGCUAUCCAUGUUCUGUCAGGUAUGACUAUGUAGGUAAAUACGAGACGCUAGCUGAGGACUCCGAGUAUAUCUUAAGGGAGGUUGGAGCACCACCUUCUAUUCAGUUUCCUGAAGUUAUUCCCUCCAAGACAACAGCCUACGUUGACCCUUAUUUUGAUACAUUAUCAAAAAACCAACAGCAGGACCUUAUCAGGAUAUAUGAAGAUGAUUUCAGAGUCUUUGAUUACCAUUUCAGAAAUCUUAUUUAAAUACAGGUAAUUUAUUUUUUAAUUUGUUUAUGACGUUCAUUAUUAUUGCCCAAAUCAUGAUGGCUAGUCAUUGGAUAAGACCAGGAAUGGUACUUUAGUCAGGAAUAUCAAUCGAUAUAUUUCAGCACCUAAAAUUAUAUUUUUAUUUAUAUCAUGAUGGGCUUUAUUAAGUCAUGUAUAAUAAAGAUAGGUUUCUAAAAGUUUCAAACAAUGUGAUUAAUUAUCUGCAUAAACAGACCUUUUUACGUCUCUUACAGUUUUGUGUACUGUACCAACUUCUUUUGUAAAAUUAUAUUUAUUGAGCAUUGUUAUGAUGACUCUUACUCAAUCUGGUCAUGUUUGAAAAUAUUCUUUGAAAACCAAUACUAUAAUUUUGAUUGGCUAAUUUGAACUUUUUCAACAGUAUAAAUUUAAUUUAUAUUUCCAUUUCUACAUGUAAAAAUGAUACAAGUAUAGAAGAUUUCCAGCUUUAGGGUUAAUUGAGAAGUAAUAUUGUACCUCGUGUUUUUACAAAGGUAAAAUAUUAUCAGUCUCAGAUCCUAUUUUGUGAUUUCACCCAGACUAAAUGACUUGUGUGUUAUAACUGUAAGUCAAUAGGUUAAAACCCCAGAUCAACCCUUAGACAUUAGUGAGUGGAUGAAUUCAUUAAUGCUGUACACGCAGAUCAUGAUUUAUGAAGAUUUGAUUUAUGAAUACAGUAUUCACAGCUUUGAUUUGUAAUUAUGAAAAUAUGCUAAAUUAAUGUAGUUUUUACUACCACUAUGCUUACUUAUUUCACUAUUCUUUAAGAUUCACAUUGCUACUAAGGGGAGCUUUUAAUUAAAAAUAUUUGAAAUUAGAAACAAAUAAAAAAUAAAAAAAAUUCCCUGAACUUUGGCAACACUAGGGAAUAUGUUGUGAAUGUUAGGCACAUGUUGAUGUGAUGUAAUUAUAAUUAUCCUAGUGAUGAGUGUUUUUACUGUACAGGUAUAUCCCUUUAAGACUAGGCUAUGAUAUGAAGACAGUUAGUACUGUAUGUACUUAUUAAUGUCUAAUGAUUAACCUUGGUUUACACCUUAUGGACCUAAGACUUAUAAUACAGGAGUUAUUGCAGGAGAAAUUAAUAUCAUAAAAUUAGCUUUUCUCUUACAUGACUCAUCUUUGCUUGUGUAUAAACAAUAGGCACACUUCAUUUCUCCAAAUAUGAUCCGAAACCCCACAAAUUAAGUUUCCCAUUUACCGGUAGGUGUCUGUUAAGUGAAAGCCAUGAUUUAGUCAUUACUAUGUAAAUUUUCUAGAAAAAUUUAAAAGCAAUAUUUCUAUAUCUAUGAAGCUUACAGUGUCUUAGAUAUAUAAAUUUUAAAUACAAAAUAUUUAAAAUG